GCCUUUUUUCGUCGUCAUUUCCCACCACCAUCCUUCUGUACUACUCCGUAAAAUCAGAACGAAACCGUUGGGAAUCUCACCACCCCCAAGCUUUGUCUCCUCCCCUCCUUGUAAAAUCACUGCCUGCACGUGAAAACAUCUUCCACCCUCUCUCUCUCUCUCUCUCUCUCUCGUCCCCAAUUUCACUGCGACCGCGACUCCACCGCCUCCCCAGCAUCCCCCAUCCAAUCAAGCUCGCUCGCUUUCUCUCUCUGUAAAUUUUAUUAGCCUUUUCUCUUUUCGCUUAUUCGACCCUCAAAUCUCACUCAGAUCUGCGAAAUUCAGACAAUCAACCAUGUCGGUGCUAUCAUCCUCAUCCAACGGCAAGAUAAAUUUCGAUCCGACGGCCGUCGCUCCGGAGCCUCUGCCCCCGGUCGUGGCCUCGGACGGCGACGAUGCCGUCAUUCCGAUGAAGGAGAGACAGAUCGUGCUGGGGAAGAACGUGCACACCACGUGCCUCGAGAUCACGGAGCCCGAGGUCGACGACGAGUCGACCGGAGAUAAGGAUGCCUUUAUGGCCGGCGUGUUGGCUAGGUAUCGGAAGACCCUCAUUGAGAGGACCAAGCACCAUUUAGGUUAUCCAUAUAAUCUGGACUUCGAUUAUGGUGCUCUUUCGCAGUUGCAGCAUUUCUCCAUAAAUAACCUUGGUGAUCCGUUUAUUGAAAGCAACUAUGGUGUCCAUUCGAGGCAAUUUGAAGUGGGUGUUUUGGAUUGGUUUGCCCGUCUCUGGGAAAUAGAACAAAAUGAUUACUGGGGAUACAUCACAAAUUGUGGAACAGAAGGCAAUCUUCAUGGAAUCCUAGUUGGGAGAGAAGUAUUUCCAGAUGGAAUUUUGUACGCAUCUCGAGAAUCGCACUAUUCGGUCUUCAAAGCUGCACGAAUGUACAGAAUGGAUUGUGUCAAGGUCGGCACUCUGGUGACUGGGGAGAUUGAUUGUGCAGAUUUCAAAGCUAAGUUGCUUCCUAACAAGGACAAACCAGCCAUCCUCAACGUGAACAUAGGAACUACUGUUAAAGGAGCCGUUGAUGAUCUUGAUCUCGUCAUACAGACUCUUGAAGAAUGUGGCUUCUCGCAUGAUCGAUUCUAUAUUCACUGUGAUGGAGCUUUAUUCGGGCUUAUGAUGCCAUUUGUCAAACGCGCACCGAAGGUAACAUUUAAGAAGCCCAUAGGGAGUGUGAGUGUUUCUGGCCACAAGUUUGUCGGAUGUCCUAUGCCUUGUGGUGUCCAGUUGACAAGGAUUGAGCACAUCAAUGCCCUUUCAAGGAAUGUUGAGUACCUUGCUUCAAGGGAUGCCACCAUCAUGGGAAGCCGCAAUGGUCAUGCUCCAAUCUUCCUUUGGUACACCCUUAACAAAAAGGGUUACAAAGGGUUCCAGAAAGAAGUCCAGAAGUGCCUCAGGAACGCUCACUACAUAAAGGACCGUCUUAGGGAAGAAGGUAUUAGUGCUAUGCUCAAUGAGCUGAGCAGCACGGUGGUGUUUGAGCGUCCUCUGGAUGAGGAAUUUGUCAGGCGUUGGCAACUUGCUUGCCAGGGGAAUAUGGCACACGUCAUUGUCAUGCCCAACGUCACCAUUGAGAAACUCGAUAGCUUCUUGAAUGAGUUGCUUUCAAAACGCGCAAUCUGGUAUAAAGAUGAAAAAGUUCGACCUCCUUGUCUUGCAGCAGAUAUAGGGAAGGAGAAUUGUGUUUGCCCUCUUCACAAGUGAUUUGUCAGUAGAAAACAAUGUCCUUUUGUUUCUCCGGUUGUUGUUUGUCUGUAGCCAGAACAUCGACGUUUAGUUCGAGGGUUAUGUUAUUCAGUUUAUUUGUAGUUUUCACUCCCUUGAGAGAUGCUAUAUUUUUACUUUUCAAUCUAGCGCUUUUGUUUGAA